UCUAUUUCAGGAGAUGAAGAAAAAAGCCUCGACUUCCUUCCUGGAUUUUCAAAAGUUAAAAUACCUGACCUACCUGAAGGAAUCUUAGGAAACUCAGAAUCAACCGUUGGAAGCCUAUUAUACAAAAUGGGACAAACACUUCCAAAAGCAACUGCAGUUGCCAUAAACUCCUUUGAAGAACUGGAACCUGAAGUUGUGAAUUUACUCAAAUCAAGAUUCCAGAAGUUCCUCAACGUUGGACCCUUUAGUUUAAUAACAUCGUCCCCGACGCCGCCGUUGAUCAAAGAUGACAGUGGCUGCUUAGAGUGGCUGGACAAGCACAAGCCUACAUCUGUUGCAUAUAUUAGCUUUGGAAGUGUGGUUGCACCACCACCUCAUGAGCUGGCAGCAUUUGCUCAGGUGUUAAUUGAAACUGGGUUUCCAUUUAUUUGGUCAUUUAGGGGCAACAUAGAGGAUGUAUUGCCCAAGGGGUUUAACAAAAGUGGCUUGAAUGGAAAAAUAGUUCCCUGGGCACCACAAGUGCAAGUCUUGGGGCAUGCCUCAACUGGAGUUUUCUUAACGCAUUGCGGGUGGAAUUCAAUCUUGGAGAGCAUUGUUGGCGGUGUGCCGAUGAUUUGCAGGCCAUUUUUUGGGGAUCAAAAGCUUAACAUGAACACUAUAGAGGCUGUGUGGGAAAUUGGUGUGGGGAUUGAAGGAGGGGUCAUUACAAAAAAUGGAGUGAUAAAGGCCUUGGAGCUGACUUUGAAGCAUAAAGAAGGGAAUGAAAUGAGAGAGAAAAUCAAGGUCCUAAAAAAUCUUGCUCAACAAGCUGUUGCAAGUAAUGGUAGCUCUCCACAAGCAUUCAGUACCUUGGUGGAGAUUGUCACAAAAUAAUGUAAAAGUUUGUUAAAAAGCUUGGGGAGCAACUGUAAUAUUUGAUUCAAGGGAACUUUAACGAAAAGCGCCCGGUACUGUUCACUUUAACGAAAAAUCACAUUUUUACACUAAAAAGUCAAUCCUGGUACUAUUCACUUUACCCUUUAUUUUGUCCUUAUCAUUAAAACUCAAAGUUUUCAAGCCAUUUUCAAUAGCUACGGAUUUUGGGGAGAGACCCAGUGGUUUUCUUUCUCUAUAUUGAUAUGAGCUACAUUGUGAUAAUGGUGAUUAGCUUGUGGGGUGUAUUUGAGAAUUUCAGAAAAUUUAAUG